CUUCCCACCUUUCUGCUUACUGGCAUUUUGGCAGAAUGUCUUUGGGCGUCGCCAAAGACGAGUUCCUCAACCCAGAGGCAUUGACACGGUGCAUUCUAAUGUUUCUACGUCGAACUCUGGCGCUGCAGGCAUCCCGGGGCCUAGUCAAGCUCUGAUCGGGGUUUUUCAGUGCGCCCAAGCAGUGAUGAAGGAAAUGCAAGAUUUAUACGCUAAUCCGUAUCAUCUGAGCAUUGCAGUCGUGGCAUCCCAAGAGAUUGCAGCGAUACUUGCCAGAGAUCACGAUAUUUCGAAAGACGAUGUGGUCAAAUCAUUGAAAGACUUAAAGGGCUCGAAGGUCACUACGAAGGAUGACGAUGGCUUUAAGUAUCUUGCUCGGUACACGACUGAUAUGUUGGCAUUGGCGCGCGCAGGAAAAUUUGAUGACACCAUCGGCAGGGACGAGGAGAUUCGUCGUACCAUCCAGAUCCUGUGCCGUCGAACGAAGAAUUCUGUUGUUCUGUUAGGUGAACCAGGAGUCGGAAAAACAACGGUCGCUGAAGGUCUCGCCCAUAGAAUGGCUACGAACCAAGUCCCACAAAAUUUGAAGGGCACACUCUACAGCCUGGACUUGGGCGCGCUCUUUGCGGGAGCAGGAAAGGGUGAAUAUGAGGAGCGUGUUAAAGGUGUCAUAGAUGACGUGAAACGCAGUCAAGAAAGCCAGUCUCCAGCUAUUUUAUUUAUCGACGAGCUCCACCUUAUAUCUGUUGGCAAGGGACAGGGCAACCAAGCUGGAAUGGAUGCCGCAAACCUACUAAAGCCUGAGCUCGCGCGUGGCCAAUUCAGGUGUAUAGGAGCCACCACGUUAGCGGAGUAUCGGGAGCAUAUUGAGAAAGAUGGUGCACUUACACGCCGGUUUGCUCAGGUCAUGGUCAACGAGCCAACAAUAGAUCAAGCCAAAUCUAUUCUACGUGGCUCUCGGGAGCCGUAUGAGGCUCACCACCAUGUUUGGAUCAUGGAUCAAGCAAUAGUUACUGCAGUCGAACUCGCCCACAGAUAUCUCACUGCAAGGAGAUUGCCUGACUCAGCAUUCGACCUCAUGGACGAAGCUUGCGCUUCUGCAAGAGUGCAGCAAGAUUUGAGACCAGAGAUCAUAGAUGAGCUUGAAUCAGGCAUAAUCCAGCAGGACUAUUACAUUAAGUCCCUCGAGCGCGAUAAUCAUCCUGAUGAUGAGAGCGCACUGAACCAUGCCAAACAGGCCAAGGUUAAACUCACAACGAAGUUGAGAUUUCUAGAACGUGAACAGGCUGCAGUAACAGCAUGGUGGAAAUUGAUUGCGGGUUAUCGAGGAAACAUUCAAAAGAAGAGGUCCGAAAUAGAUACAGCAAAAAGCGAAGGUCGGAUAGAUGCGAAGAAGAUUGCGCGGCUCGAAGAUGAAAUGAAAAAAUUACGAGAUAACCUUGUUCGAAAAGAACAUGAAGGUCCAGAAGUCCGAAAAAGUUCGGGAGUCCAAAGAGAUUCCGAAUUUAUGGACCAUGAAUUUGUGUCCCUCUUGGCCAAAAAUCGGCCCACUGUCUUAUCUCCGGACAUAAUCACGCCAGAAAGCAUAGCUGCUAUUGUUGAGAAGGCAACAAAAAUCCCAGUGCGACAGCUACUGGACACGGACAAAGAGCGUCUCUUACAUCUUCAAAGCACCCUGGAGAAAAAGGUCAUCGGGCAACCGGAAGCCAUUGAUGCCGUAGUGAACGCUAUUCAGCUAUCUCGCACUGGACUGGGUAAUGCCAACCGACCAAAUGCCUGCUUGCUCUUUACCGGACCGUCUGGUACUGGAAAGACAUUACUGUCGAAGGCUCUUGCAGAGGAGUUGUUUGGACACUCUACGGCAAUGAUCCGCAUUGAUGGCAGCGAAUAUUCUCAAAGUCACUCCGUUUCGCGACUGAUUGGCGCCCCUCCAGGAUAUGUGGGUUAUGAUCAAGGUGGACAACUCACAGAGUAUGUUCGACGAACGCCGUAUUGCAUUGUCUUGUUAGACGAGAUCGAGAAAGCUUGCGCGCAGUUCUUGACAUUGUUUUUGCAAGUCAUGGAUGAUGGACGCUUGACCGACGGACAGGGACGGCUAGUGGAUUUUCGUAAUACAGCGAUUAUCAUGACAUCUAACGUUGGUGCGAACAUCUUGAGUAAGGAAAGUGGGAAGGUAUCCGAUCGCACCAGGGAAGCUGUCAUGCAACGCUUUAAAGAUACCGGAUUUUCCCCCGAAUUCCUCAACCGAGUUGAUGAAGUGGUUAUGUUUAGGACUAUGUCGGCUGACAUGAUGGACAAAGUUUUGGAGAAGCAUUUAGAAGACUUGCGACAGCGGGAUGGCCUCAAGAAAAUGACGCUAGACCUCGAUCGUACUGCAAAGCAAUGGCUCAUUAAUCAGGGCAUUUCAAGCGAAUACGAAAAGUGUACGUAACGACGAAAUUGUGCUGGUUCGUGUCAAGGACAACAGGUUGGAUAUUCGUUCCAGCCGGUGAUCCUAGCUGGCGUAGUUUGCAUAUGUG